UUUUCUGCAGUGAGUUGUAAAAUAGUUAUUUAUUUACAAUCAUGAAUGUUAUGGAAGCAGCGGGAAUGGCAACAACAUCGUGUAAUCCACCGGGAGGUUACCUAUUGUCUCAUCCUAGUCAGUUAUUUUACCACCAAGCGCAGAAUAUGGCACCAAAUCACUUGAUACCAUUUCCAUCAGGAGGUCAAGCUUCUCCAAUGUCUGGGUCAUCGGCAUCUCAAAACGCUCUUUAUGGUCAAGCCAUGCAUUCUCAAUACCAUCAACCCGUUUCCUUUCCUGGAGCACACCACCAUCAUCAUCCCGCCGGUGCAGCAGAACAAGCGGCGCAGGCAAUGCAGGGUCAAUUUGGAUUGGGUUAUCUUGGACACCCCCUUCAGCACACACCACAUCAUAGAUCACCGGCGUAUGGUGUCGCCAUUCAUACAUCACACACUCAGCACCAGAUGCACGCAACACACCACGCAAGAAAGAAACGUCAGCCGUACACAAAAUCGCAGAUUGGUCGCCUCGAAAAAGAAUAUAAGCAAAAUAAUUUUAUCACAAGACAAAAACGGGAAGAGAUUUCUCGAGAUUUGAAACUCACCGAUCGUCAAGUAAAGAUUUGGUUCCAAAACCGUAGAGUGAAAGAUAAAAAGUUAAAACAAAGAGAGAGCAGAGAAUCCCAGGGAACCUAUGCACCACAGUCUCCACAAAUGCAGCCGAUCGUCGAACAGCAACAGUAUCGCACGAUGUCGCCAUUGAGAGAAACACACCCAGGAACAAUGCACGACCGCCAUUUAAUGUCUCCCAAUAGCACGACAUUACUAACACAAAUUGCUAAAGACUACUCGAUGGUUCCACAACGGAUCGCAUGAUGCAAUCAAUAUAGGUUUAGUGAACAUAACAAUGAAAUAUGCUGUUCGUAAACAACUUGUGACAGAGACACAUUGAAGAUUAAUUGAUUUUUGAUAACGUUCCUUUUUAUUCAUUGCAUUUGAAUAUCUUUAUUUAAAUUUUUUUAUUAUUAUUGUUUUUUAAACGUUACGUACCAGUACUAGUAGGUUUAAAAUACAUGUUAUAUUGCACUAAUUUUAUCAUGAUUCGCAUUUGGUGAAGCCUACCCAAUUUUCAUUUGCAUCUAACCGGUAAUGGGUUUACUUUGAAAAAACAUUUUCUACACUGUCAAUAAAACGCGCGUACUAUCCACUGGUAUUAUAUAAAAGUAUAAUUAUGUCAUAACGCCUAAUGUAGAAUUAGUGACAUUUUCAGAAAAUAAAGUCAGAAUUAGGAAAUAUGUCGUUCCUAUAUAACACAGAAUUAAUCUUUCGCUAAAAUUGUACAAGAAAAAAAAUACAAUGAAACUGAUAACAGCGUCAUUUCGUUUGUGUUACAUAUUUGAAGUCGCGUGUAGAUAUAAAUGAUCAAUAUUCUGCGUGGACCACAUUGUGAUUUAACUUAGGAAUUAAAACAAUCACGUCAAAAAGAAACAACGGAACGUGCAAGAGAGCAUAAGUAAUUGGAAAAUAUUUUUCGAAGAACUUGAUACAAUAUAAAUUCAUAUAUAGUAUACAUAUACAAUUUAGUAUAAAUGUUCUAAUAGCAAAAUUUGUAUUUAAUCCAAACACAAUUUAUCAGAAUUAUGACAAUCUCUUUUUAGAUAUGCACACGUUCACCAAGCAGGUAAUUAUUUUGUGAAUCCAAAUACUAUUAAGGUAUUUGAUUAA